AUGGCAGAUAUCGUCAAGCUCUUUUUAGGAGAGGUCAAUCCCUUUUUAGGAGAGAUCAUUUUACUUGUCUUGUGGCAGCAACAGGAAAGGGCUUCGCAUCUCAAAUCCGGUGAUAGUAAUACCCGGUUUUUCCAUAAUAAAGCUUCUCAAAGAUUUAGACGCAAUAGAAUUGUGGGAUUGCUUGAUGAGUCCAACUCUUGGUGCACAGAUAGCUCUCAGAUUGAAGAUAUCAUUGUUGGUUUUUAUUCCAACUUGUUUACUUCUUCUAGACCAGUCGAUGCUCAGGCUAUUAUGGAGGUAAUACAGCCUUUGGUCACUGAAGACAUGAAUACCAACUUGACAAGGGAAUUUACACGUCAAAAGGUUGACCUUGCCUUGAAGGAUAUGGCCCCAUUUAAGGCUCCAGGUCCUGAUGAUAUGCCCCCUCUUUUCUUUCAAUCUUUUUGGCAUUUGAUUGGUGAUGAUGUUUCAAAAGCUGUCUUAGAUUGUUUAAAUUCAUGUCAUAUUCCUCAGGAGUUUAAUUUCACUUAUGUUACUCUCAUACCCAAAGUGAAGAAUCCUGAGAAAAUAUCUAAAUUUCGACCUAUAAGCCUUUGCAAUGUCAUAUAUAAGUUGAUUUCCAAGGUGUUAGCAAAUCGUUUGAAACCUUUGCUACCAUCUAUUGUUUCUGAGAAUCAAAGUGCUUUCCAAGCUGGCAGGGUGAUUAUAGAUAAUAUACUUAUGGCUUUCAAAACUUUACAUUACAUGAAAAACCACCAAACUGGUAAUACAAGGUUUAUGGCUCUCAAGCUUGACAUGAGCAAGGCUUAUGAUAGAGUCGAAUGGUCCUUUGUUGAGUGUUUGUUGAGCAAAAUGGGUCGAUCUUAUGAUGGAAUAGCUUCAAUUCAAGAAUGUAUGCACAUCCAAGCCCUUCUCUCUACUUAUGAAGAAGCUUCAGGGCAAAAGCUGAAUAGAGACAAAACCACUCUAUUUUUCAGUAAAAACACGGAUAGUGAGAUUCAAGAUUCCAUUAAAGACCUGCUAGGUGUUCCUGAAAUCAAGCAAUAUGAAAAGUAUUUAGGCUUACCAUCUUUUGUGGGAAGAAACAGAAAAGCAAGUUUGGCCUUCAUCAAAGAGCGGAUUUGGAAGAAGCUUCAAGGAUGGAAGGAGAAACUCCUAUCACAAGCUGGGAGGGAAGUUCUUUUAAAGGCAGUGGUGCAAGCCAUCCCAACAUAUUCUAUGAGCUGCUUUAAGCUUCCUAUUACACUAUGCCAUGAGAUUGAGGCUAUGGUUAGGAAGUUUUGGUGGGGUCAACGAGGUACUAGAAGGCGCAUUCAUUGGGUUAAAUGGAGUACAAUGUGUAGGCCUAAAUCUCUUGGUGGCAUGGGUUUUCGGGAGCUCCAAAAGUUCAAUGAUUCUAUGCUAGAUGGCCAAGCUGAUGCGAUGGUUUCUAUGUUGAUUAACCAUGAAAGUAGAUGCUGGAAGGAAGAUGAGAUUGAUAGGCUUUUUAUUCCCAAGGAAGCAGCAGCUAUCAAGGCCAUUCCCCUCAAUCUGUUCAAUCGGGAAGACCGUCCCUUUUGGUCCCACACUUGUGAUGGGGUGUUCUUGGUCAGGUCCGCAUAUCGCCUACUGUUGGACCAAGCUGAAACAGAGGUUGAAGGCAGCUCAAAUGUGGGGGAAAAUCUGAAGGAAGGACUAGCUGGCAUAAGCAUCAUAAUCCAGAAUGAACAAGGAUUAAUUAUGGCUGCUCUUUCACAACAAAUUCUACUACCUAUUUCGGUGGAGAUGGUGGAAGUGGUAGUGGCUCGUCGGGCUUUGGUUUUUGCUAAGGAACUCGGUUUUGACAAGGUGAUUGUGGAAGGAGAUUCUGCAAGCACUAUUUCCGCCAUUAAUGGUGGUCACAUGGAUCACUCGGCUUUGGGACAUGUACUUUUGGAUAUCAGAAGUUUAUUUUCUAGCUUUUCUUGCAUUUUAGUUCAGCAUAUUAAUAGAGAAGGGAACUGUGUGGCACAUAAGCUUGUGCGGCGGGCUACACGGUUUCCUUUUCUAGUUUGGAUGGAGUCUAUUCCACCAGACAUUCUUGAUGUGUACCAACUCGAUUUACUGAGAAUGCAAUAA